ACUUCGUGUUUAACUGUUCGUAUUGACGGUGGAAUUUUCAAAACCAAACGGCAACAAUAAUAAAAAAAAAAAUAAUCAUAUUCUCUGAGAGUCACUUACCAGAGGCACAUUACAAAUAAAAUUAUUUACAACAACAAAACAAAAAAUAAAAGAAGAUAUUGUCAUUUUUAUGCUGCCGCUGCUAAAUGGCAACAAACGGUGUUUUUGUUUUAGAAUUUUUCCCUGCUUCUAAGCAGCAAGUGUGAGUGCGUGCGAACGUGCGAAUGAAUGUGUGACGGUAUUUUGACCCAGACCAGAAGUGAAAGAUUAACAAAUUCCAGUGGCGAAUAAUAUUUCGGCUUAAUUAGAAUUUAUGUGAAAAAAAAUCUUUGAUUGAUUUAUUGAAUGGCCUUUCAAAAAAAUUGUGUGUGAGAGAAAAACCAAUCUCUUGUAAAGUGUUCGCCAGUCUAAGUGGGUCUGUGUGCGUGUGAAUGAACUUGAAAAUUGUUUGACAACCACGACAACGGAAAACGUAAACAAAAAAUCUAAAUGUGUGCGCUUAGAGUAAUCAAAGCUUCAAAUUUGCAUAAAUUACAAUUCAAGUUCUUGUAAAGCGAAGGAGGAAAUCUUUCGCAACCGCAGCAAAGUAGCAGCAACAAUUCAAUCGCUAAUACCACAUUUUUGUGUUGGCUGCUGUGUGGAAACUUCAGAAACGUUGUCGGUCUAUCGGUCGGUCGGACGUCGGGUUAGAAGCCGCAAGUUUAUUUACCCGCAAAAAUAAAGGUGCGUUUCUUGAAGCCAUUUGGCAAUUACAUUCAAGUGGUUGUCUGUCUAACUGACUGUCAUGUCAGAGGAAAAAUUGUGUUUAAUUUUCUUUUGAAAAUUGUGACAACAAAAGAGUAAUAAAUAAAUAAAAAAAUUAAUGAAUUUAAAGUGAUUUGAAUUUGAAACCAGAAAAAAAAAGAGUUAUCAAGAAAAAAAAUAUAAAAUUAAAAGAGGUGUUCUUAAGUGCUUUUUGCUAAAAAAGAUCAUAAAUUUCAGUUAAAAAAUCGUUGGUCCCAAAACAAACUUUACGACCACAAACGAAUAUAACAACAACAUUCUCCUUGACAGGAUGAAAGCAUUAAAAAUGGACUUUUACCCACAACCAUCUGCGGCAUCAUCUGCCGCCUUAACUCUCUCAUCGAAAUCUUGGGAUCAUAUGCCACGCAGGCGCAGAAGAUUCAUGGGCCAGAUGAAUUUAAUGUUAUUGAUGUUUCUGGGCUGCUGUAUCGGUGCGAUUUUAUGGCCCCAGUUUAGUGUUGCUGCCGCAGCAUCGGAUUCCUCACUGCAAGACUUUGGAUCCGUUACUGCGAAAGGUGAGAACAUCUUUAUGCUUGCCAGCAGCAGCAGCAACAACAAUGGUGAUGAUCUUGGCAAUGCCUUUCCCGGCUCCAUACAAGGCAAAGGCCAUGCAUUCGACGAUGACGGAGACGACGAUGAUGACUAUGGCGAUGGCGAUGACAACAAUCAAGGUGAUGCAACUAAUGCUGCAAAAAUGCCACUAAUGUCAAAUGCCAGAAAAGAACAAGCAUCGAACGACGAAGACAUAGAAAUGAUGCAACGCUCACCACAAUCUUCUAACAUGCCAGUGCCCGCAGAUCUCAACAAGCCACAAUCUGAAAAUAAUCGUCAUCUUAGAUAUCAGCAAAUACAGCAAGCUCUGCGAGAACCCAUAACACCUUUGCCUCCCAAACACUAUCAUCAGGGGCAUCACCAUCGUCAUCAUCAUCAGCAGCAGCAUCACAACAACAACCACCAUCAGCAGCAGCAGCAACAACAUUAUCGUCAUCAUGGCAAGCACAUGGCCGAGGACAAGAAGGAGGAGCCGGAGGAUGAAUUUAAAUGGCCCUUGCCACCACCUCGUUCCAGGCAACACUACGAGCAUCAUCAGAGGCAACAACAUUUGCGCCAUCAUCAACGACAACAUUUGCAUCACCACAGACGGCACAAUUUCACUGGGACCGCAACGACAACCAGCUCCACAACGACAACCACAACUAUGAGACCCCGUUAUUUUGAUCGCGACGGUUUGUACAGCAAUUCCAUGGCCUGGUUGCCGCCAGCCACUCAAGGGCCCCUGCACGAAGAGGAUGGGGAAAUGGAGGGCGAAGGCGGAAAACAAAACAAACAUUUUUAUAAUCCACACAAUCGUCUGUUCAACGAUGGCGAAGACGACCACCAAAAACAGCAGGAGGACAAGGAACAGGAAUUCAAACGCAUCUCGCUGUCGUUGGAUGCCCAAAAAGAUAGCUUAGCCGGGGAUAAUGGCGAUAAUAUCUUAAAACUUGAUAGCGCCGAUGAUGAGUUGGACGACGAUGACGACGACUAUUCCUACGAAGAUGACCUUGAAGAUGUGAACACCAAAAAUAAGAGUCCUCCUGUCGGUGGGCCCAAUGCUGCAAAAGUCAAUGUUAAACGUUACACGGCCCCAAACAGAAAUCCCUAUAAGCCCUCCGUCUCCUCCUAUGGCUCCCGGAAACGUCCACAGCCACCCGCACGAAAUGCCUUUGAUGAAGACUAUGACAGCCCAGCUUCCAAUGAUAACAACAACAACGAGAAUGAUGAUGACACUUUUUCCGAUGAGAAAUGGAAUAAAAUUGAACACGAACACUAUCGCAAACAGCAACAACAUCAAAGAGCCAUGCAGGCCUUGCGUUCGCGGCGACCAUCCACAGGACCCGCAACUCUGGAUAAUUCUCCCAACAGCGUCAAGAACAAUAAAUACUCUUCCUCUGCUUCUUCAUCAUCAUCACCGGUGGUACUUUCGAAAUCAACAGCAUCAGCAAAGCGUCCAGUUGUAAAUGAGGACGAUUCGGAUAACAUCUAUUCACGCUAUUACGUGCCGGGCACCGUGACCCGCAAAAAGGAGGAAGAACUUGGUUCACCCACAUCUGUAUUGGAGUCCAGGCGUCAAUAUGUCUUGCAGCAAAGACAAAAUAAAGCCUUUGCCAGUGCCCAUCAUCGACGCAUUGUAAAGGAGGGCUCCUGUCGCAUACCACAACCACGCGUUGAACGCAUUCGCCGUGACUCUUGGAAAAUCUACACACCACAUUGCACAAUUUUACAUCGCUGCGCGGACGAUACCGGCUGUUGUCCCACAGAGCGCCAAACCUGUGCCCCCAAACGCACAAAGAAUGUGGACUUAUACUUUUUUGUCAUAACCCUCAACGAAACCCAGGGCUCAAUAGAAAAACUCACAUUUGUCAAUCACACAGAAUGUCAUUGUGUGGACAAAGCGAAGCAGCGCUCUGCUCUGUAUGAAGCCGACGAAGCAUCUUCGGAAAUUGCCUCGAAUCACAUACCCUAUCUGCGAAGAGCCACCAUUCUGAACUGCAAUUGUCCCAAUUUGUUUGAGAAAAUUCUGCAAGAGGAUGGUUUUUGUCGAUGUGACUGUUCGUCGGGCAAUAUGGGCUGUGAUUGGCUCAAACGUGGCAUGGAACAUUUCUCCAUGAAUGAUAGAAAAUGUAUUCUGGAGGGUCGCUGCAAGCUGCCCACCUGUGAGUAUGGCACAUAUAUGAAAAAGGUGGGCCGCUGUCCGCGACGUGAAGAACGACAAGACUCAAUGGACACGGUUGAUUGGUGAGCCUCAUACUAGAGUUACAUUUAAAUGGCCAAAAGCUCGAACCUUUUGCCAUUAAUGAGCGUUCACACAAUAACAACAAACGAAGCUAAAUCGACGAAACGCCAACAACAAUUCCGCACAUAGGAACAUUUUUGUAAUAAGUUGUCGGAUAUUUCAGAUAUAAAUGGUAGUUGGACCUUGUAGCAGGCGUUAGAACUUCAGCGCCCAACUAAUGUUAUUAAUUAAAAAAAAAAAACACAACAAACAUUAACUUAAAGUAUUAUACGUGAAACCCCCACAUCAUCCAAGAUAAAAAUUAAUUAUUAUUAUUGAAUAAAAAUUAUAUUAUUUAUAAAUUUAGACUUUUUCGAAAUUAAGUAAUGUUACAAAACAAAAAGAAUAUAAAACUUUGAGUCAAAGAAUACAAAAAUAAAAUAUAAAUUAUUAAUAAACAAAUAAUUGAAAGUUGAUAAAGAAGCCACUAUUGGUGCAAUGUUCUUGAAAACAAUAUCUACUCUAAACAAUUUAAUAUACCAAUAUUACAAAUAAUCAAUUAUAUACGGAUAUACAUUGAAAGAAGAAAACCCAACAAAAGAAAGAAGACAAACAAAAAAUUUACGAAAAACAACAGCAAAAUCAGUGUUCUUACAACAAAAAAAGCAACAGCAUAUCUUUUGAAUUCCCUCCUAUUAAUCUUUAUAUAUGUAUAUGAAAUAUUGUAGUUCUCUAUUAUUACUAAUUAUAAUUAUUAGUAUUGUAUUUACUGUUAUUACCCCUACCCCCUUACAUUUUAGUAAGUUUUUGUCUACGAAUCUGCAUUUAGAAAAUACGUGAAACAAAACAAUCUCUUAGAUCUUAUUUUAUACUUAAAGAUGUUUACAAAGAAUCCUGAAAAAAAUAAACAAAUAAUCACAAAGCUACAGUGGCAAUAUUUUCAUGCAGUUUAGAGUAAGUUCGAUUUAACUGCAUUGGUCAUAGCUGCAUAUUAGCUUUUGCUGGCCAUAAUUUUUUCUAUUGCAAUUUGCAAUGUUUUAAUUUUCUUCAUCUUUACCGGACUUAAUUCGUAUACCAACAGAAGUACCCAUAUAAUAUUGAAUUUGCAAAUCGUGAAAAAUCUUGGUUUAAAACUGGUUAAUGGCUCUUUGCAAAACAAGUUUUUGGAAUUACAAUAUCAUUUUGAGCAGCCGUUUUGUCACAGAUUACAAUUUUCGAUUUGUAUUCUGUGUGGAUUAAACUUCCUGCCUUUUUGGAAAUUCCUGCGUAGGUUUUUGUAAUGAAAAUAUUGAGUUAAAAGUAUAUAUUGAAUUUGGAGUACAAUACUUUGCAUAGUGGCGUUACGACGAUACGAUACGUCGUAGUUUAUAAAUCAGUCUAAAAUAUUUCAUAUAUUUGAAAGACCUCAGAACAUUCUCGUAAUUUCGUUAUGCUGACUUUGGGGCAGGAAUGCCUUAAUUAGGCAUUGUUUAAUAUUUUCUUCUACUGUUCCAGCAACAUUUACUCUCUUUCAACCAGUGUUAAACUAUAUAUUUUUGAUCGAACCGAAGAUAAAAACCAAUUUCAACAAUUCUGUUUCUCUUUCGUCCGUCGCGGGAAGUGAUAUUCAUAUUUCCUCAGACUAGGUAUGCAUUAUUAUUUAUCAAUCGGCAGGUCACUAUUAUGGACCCGAUUGUCUCCAAGAGGGUGAAAUGUGAAAAAGUAGGAUAUCUGUUUUUUCGAUGUUGGUCGGAUUAUUAUAUGUGAAAAGAACCAUAAGUUGUAAAAACUCCUAUUUUAUGGUGCAUAUAUUUACAGGUGUAAGGGUGCAUAUACUUACAGGGUUCAGCUAAUCUGGUACUAACUCCAGGUUCAAAAAUUCGGCUACUUUACGUUAAUUUUUUGUAACGCAGGUACCAAGAGAAGAGACGAGUAGACUCACAUAAGAUUUUGCUGAUAUUUGCAGAGUCCGAAAUGGUCCAAACAAUUUUUUUUUUUUUGACAAUGCUGUUAAAUAGCUUAUUACAAUACUUUCGGAUAAUAAUGGAAAAUUAUUUAUUUCAAAGGGUUGCCUCGACUGGCCAUGCAGUAGCCUACACACACGAUUGGUCCAACUUUUUAAGAUCAUUAUCGAUUGUGUGUUUGUAUGUGUUUCACCAAUGGCUAGUCCACAAAUGGCGCCUCUGGUUUGUCGACCCAACAAUUAUCGUUGAAGGCACCCCACAAAUAAUAUUCUAACGGUGUCAAAAAUAGCUCCAAGGUGAUCAACUGAUAUAAGCUUUUUGAAAGCCGUUUGAAACGUUGCCAAUAUCCUCCUCUAUAAUUUUGAAGAAAAAAAAAAUGGCAAAUUAUAUCUCAGGACCAAAUCCGCACCAAACAGUGACUCGCUUUAGAUUCAUCGGCAAUGUAUGAAUGUAGGUUUUCUGUACCCAAAUGCGACAAUUUUACUUGUUUACAUACGGAGCUGACGGUGUUUACCUUCAUCCCAAAUCCGUGCCCAAUUUUAACACACAUUAUCGUGAUUUUAAUAUCGAUCUUUUUUACAGCGUUGUUCCAGCGUAUACACAACCAUAUUCGUUCAGCGGAAGAAUAUAACUAUUUUUUUUUAAACAGACAUGAUAUAAGUAUUGCCGUUCAAGAAAUAAACGCUAGUUAAAAACACGUUAGAUGGUGGACCGUCCGUUCGUUCGUAUGUCACUGAAAUUUUGCGAAUGAAGUAUAGGUCACACUUCCUUUCCCACUUACUGUCAAAUUGAGAUAACAUUUUAAAAGUUAACUUGGUUGGCCACAGAUAUUAUUUAUAAACGAUUCAGAGUUGAAUAUAGCCGAUUUUGUAUUCAUUGUUCAUCCAUUGCGUUAUAUCUUCCAAGUCCAAAAUAAUGCCUGCCAAGCUAAUUGGAAAUUAGUACUGAUAUUUUUAUGUCUCCUAUAUAAGUUAUUAGGUACUUAAAGGUCCUUAUAUAUCACAUCAUAUAUGCUGCUCUGACUUCUCAAUAUAUAUUUUAACAGAACACGAUUGAUGAUGAUAAUUUUUUCAACACUUAUUCCAUUUUAAAUAAGAACUGUAGUAAGGCGUCUAAUGUUAAUGAUUUAUCCGCUAACUCUGCAGCAAUGGCGCUUAUAUGGUUUUUAUAAUUUCCCCAGAUUAAAAUCUUCAUUAAAUUCCCAUUUGCAUUGGUUAAAGUGGCCCAGUAGUAUUGUGACGGACUGCUAAUUGUUUUAUACUCUAAUGAAGGUUAUACCAGAUCUUUAAUCUUUAAUUAUUCUAAAAUCAUAAUAAUUAAGUGCUUAGCUUUGCUCGAUUAUAGAACUGUUUUGUGAAUGUUUGGUGUUUUGCAACAGGCAUUAAUGUUUAUGAUGGCGUAAAAAAAAAUAAGUUAGCUCAAUUAUAAUUACACUGGUCAACAAAUUGCAAAUAAAUGUCUGUAGAAUAUUGGUCUUAAUUAUAAAGAGUUAAUUUUAUUACUUUUUUAAAAAGUCGCGAAGAGGGCCAACACUUCCUCAAAGAGCACUGACCUUUAAGUAUACAAGAGCAAAGACCUAUAUUUAGGUCCAUAUUCAAUGAUAUUUGUCAUGCUUCUGUAUUCUUGUAUUUUUACUAUUAACAUACCUAUGUCAUCAGCUGGUACACUACAUAUUAUAGCCACAAAUCAUUUGUUCGAAAUGCAUUUUUCAAUUUUUCAAGUCUUUGCGAUUUUAUGUCUUUGACAAAAGUAGGGAUAGAGGACUUAAAAUCGAAAAAAUAAAGAGCCAGAAUGGAAGGCAAAAUCUUCUUCAACCCCAGACUUGGAGAAUAAUAAAUUUAUAUUAAGAGAAGUACCAAUUAUCGACAUUUUUCAAAAUCCUGGACAUUUCUCCUUAAACCAAUUUUGUGAAACUAUUUUCUUGUUGCUCAGUGUAAUAUUUAAUUGGCAACAAUUAAAUUGUUCACGAUUCAAGAAUUCAUCAUAACGUAUGAAUAGUUUCAUUGCAAGUGUCAACUUGCAUUUUGUUAGCUAUCUCAAAUAUCAAAUAUCUAUUUCACUCAAAAGCUGGCCUGAGCUAAGUUGAGCUGAUCUAGCGCCAGUUUAUGGCAUUAAUUAACAUCAAUUUAAUGGCUAUUACUAACUGAGGUGGUGCAUGGCGCCAUUUGAUUGCAACAAAUUAAUAAAGAAUUUGUUAUUGUUCCCGGACAGGUUUCAACGUUCAAUUACUUAACUGCUGGAUAUGUUUGCGGUAGCCGCAUUUGGCGCUAAGGUCCGAUGUAAAUCACAUUUGAUUGUCAACGACUCGAUUGGAAAUUGUUUCACAAAUUAAUUGAAAAUAUUUGCCACUGUAGUAUUUUUUUUAUUUUAGUUGUAAUAUGUAAUUUUGUAUUUGUAUAUUUUUAAUAAAAAGAUUGACGGAUCGCAUAACAGGAUUGUGACACAUACACUCACACAGCGAGAGAGAGAGGGACAGCUACAUGUAAAUGGAUUACCUUUACUUUGUGUAACAACAUCACGUUUAAUUAUAAGUUUAACCUGUACUAUAUUAUUUGAUUUAGUUUAUAUUAUAUUGAAAUACAUACACACAUAUUUCCAUUUGCAUCUAUACGUUUAUAUUUUUGUGUAAAUUUAUUCCAAUUCACACAAGUAUGCAGAUUUUGAAACUUUUAGUUAGAGGCUCAUAUCUAAAUGACUUACAGGAUAUUUGACAAGUCGAACGAGAUUUGAAAAUUUUAUGACAUUUUAAUCAAAAUAAGUAAUUGAAAAUUGAUUAAACCAUAUUAGAAGGAUCUAUUUUCGAGACCGAUAUUUUAGAAAAUGAAAAUAGCACUGGAAUGUGAUGUUAUCAUCAUGAACGUCAGUGUCAAACAGUCAAAACAUGAAUGCAUUUAAAAUACAUUGUUGAACCACAAUGGAAGUUUAAAAUUUAAUUUUGGACAGAGGCCUCGGUAGCUGAAGGACAGAUUCGCCGUGAGACGAAUUUCCAAAAUUUGGGUGAUGAUUUUUUGCUUGUAUAUCUGUUUGCAGCGUGUGUAGCAUUUCUUUGAGAAGACAUAUAUUUUCAUUAAAAUUUGUGGACUCUUUCGCCCUUCAUUUCCUUAACCGGACGAAAGUGACCACAGGAAGAUAUUCUUUGACAUCAACGUUUUCCGCACAAUUGUUAAUAUAGUAGCCUUAAGAGAAAUCUGCAUUCCCACUAAUAUCUCUGAAUGUAGAGUAGUGCCUACUAGUGUCCCCAUGUCAAUUUUAAGUCCCAGACAGAUCUGCCAUUUUGUUUUGUUGAACUUCAAUAUAAAUAAUAUCACUCGAAAAUUAAGCUAAACAAGAGGUAUGUUCGUCAGAUUCAACCUCACAAAUCUUGGGAUUUUUUUCUCUUAUUUUUUGAGGACAGGGCAGAGGUCGUAUGGUACGAAGAAAUUUUUUAUUGGUCCUGUCAAAAUAGUAUCAAAGAUAGUGGUACAAUUUUACAAAUUCUGAGAUAUUGUAGCUUUCCGCUACAAAUAAAGUUUUAAAUGUUCCAAUAUAUAUUUCAUUUGUGCUAACAAUGUUAUUAGGGGUCAAAGGUAGCAUUUUUUAGACAUUUAGCUUUUUAAAGGGCAAAGUACAUACGUUUUACAUCUUCAAAUUCUCUACAAAAUUGGUUCACAUGAUUUUUUACCUAGUUUUUACCAUUCUUGGGAUAUCAAACAGUCACGCUUCCCGCCCGCCUCCCAGUCUUACUGUUUGAUUUAGAAUAAAUUUCACAAAUUUCAAACUUAUAUUGAGUUCGAAAUCCACAAAAUCGAAACACUCUGUUCGGUACCAUACCAAAAGUAAACAUUUUAAAUAUCUCCUUAAUUCUUCCAAUGUUGUGUCUAUAGCUCCACUUGUUAGAGUGGGUCCCCCACAAACCGUGGAAUUUUUCAAAAAUCAUCUACAUCUCCAAAAAUGCGACAAUAACCUCAUAUGGUAUAAACUUGGUGAAUCAAAAUGCUUAAAUCAGACCUUGAUUAGGUCCGAUAAUGGACAAUUACCGUUCCUUUUAAGUACCAUCCCAACAUGGGGUCAACAUGUUAGAUAAUCUUGAUAUCAUCAAGAAAAUGUAAAUGCAACUAUUUCUAUAAGAGAUGUUGAGAAAUGUUGACCUUUGACUCCGAAUAAGUACUUCGCAAACAAGGGGUCAAUGGGAAGUUUUUUCAUUUGUUUGUACCGCUAAAUUCCCUCAGUUUGGCUGGGCUAUAUUUGAGGAUAUUUUUGUCAUGAAAAGGACGUUUUCCCUCUAACAAAGUUUCAAAAUUUUGUAAACUUGUGUACUAAUUAUCACGACUGGUUUUAAUUUUUACAACACCAAACUACAUGAUGUAAAUUUAUGGAAAAACAUGCAAAUUGUGAGAAAAACGACGGCAAAAACAACAAAAACUGUAUACACUGACACCUUUAAAGUGGUUUGUUCAUUUCCCAAAAAAAAAUCGACUCAUAAAGUCUUAAAGGCAAAUUCGAGACGACAUUUGUUAUUGUGAAACUGAUAUCGACAAAUACUAGUUUUCCUUCCUCAAACGUGCAACCCUCCAUCAAAGGCAAACGUGUAACGCCACCCAGCAGGGGGGUCCCAACACAGCGCUGUGCUUUUGAGCGGCAAAUGAUUUAUUACCAAUUUAAAAGCACAUUUCAAUUUCUCUGCCAUGAAAUUGAAUUUGUCAUUUUUGGCUACUUAAAGACAACUUUCGGGCCACAAUUUAUGUGAGCGAGUGAAGUGUUUUAUUGUUUUUGUACGUCAUCCACGAUGCCAUAUAUAUAUAUUUUUUUUACUUUUGCAUUACGACUUGAUUUUUUUAUUUUUGCAUGACGAUUUGAUUUUGUAAAAGUGUUUUUUCUUUUGUAUAUGUUUUUAUCAUAACUAUUUUAAGUUUUUUUCUGUUUAUUAUUGAAAUAAUUAUUAUUUUUCAUUUAGAUUUAAUUUAGUUUAAAUAUUUUAAAAAUCUAGUCGCAAUUUAUUGUAUAUGAACAAAAAAAUACAACUGCAAUUGUCUCCCUAAUCCUUUGAUAAUCGUUUAUUAAAAAUGUAAAUUUAUGCAACAAAAAAAAAAAAAAAAAUUCAAACUAAUUACGAGGAUGGUAUGACUGGAAAACGAAGACCGAAUCAUUAUCUACACCCCAACUAUGAAAGAGUCCAAUUAUUAAUUAUUAGUAGAAUGUGGAAUAAAAAAAAACUCACAAUCGAAAAACUCAAUUGUUUCUAGGUCUUGGAUGGACAAUGGAUUUCGUUACAAUUUUGGAAGGAUAAUGAAAAACUUCGUUUUAUAUAAAGCCAUAGUUUUUAAUUCUAAAAUUUCAGGCAACCAGAAUAAGUACAGAUUGACUCAAGACCUGCCUUUUCUUCAUUUUAUAUACAGGGUGAGAUAAAAAACUGCAACAAAGUCAAACGACACAUUUUUUAUAUUUUUUUAAUUUUAUGAAUGAAAGCAAAAAAAUAAAUAUGGCCAAAAUAUUUGCCUAGCCAAGGCUUUAAUACAUCCUCCAGACUAUUUUCGCGAUAAAAAUUAAUGCCGAAUAUUUAUUCUGAUGACACGGUCGAUUAAUACGAGCGGAGAGCGACAAUCGGCUUGAGUUGUGGUGGCUAACCCAAGGUGCACAUUUUCAGCUGACCUGCUUGGAAAGUAAACACUAUCAUUUUGUUUGUUUACAAACUGCUGGACAACGAAUGUUUUCUCAUCGGAUAAAACCAAAUUCGGCAGUUCACAAUUUCGGCACCUCUCGAAGCACCUCUCUAGCUCUUUUGCGUCUAUUUUCUUUAUGUUGCGGUGUAAGUUUCUGCACUAUUUGGAAUUUAAUUUUUUAAUAUUUGCCGAAUGGAUAUUGCGAUAUUUUUAGCUCACGAACCAUUUUUCGGCCACUGCGACACGGGUUUCAAUCAAGUUGCGUCUUUACUUCUCGAAGCCAUUUUUGAUACCCUACACCACAUAUUGGUAAGGGUAAUAUGUCUUUGUGCAUUUGUUUGUAACAUGGAGAAGGAAGCGAGAUAAACCCAUAGUUAUUUUGGGUGAUCUUCAUAGAAUCACUUUCUGAGUCGGUUAAUGAAUGUUAGUCCGCCUGUCAAUGUAUUUUUGUGAACAACAUGCCGCUCGCAGUUAUUAUCCGAUUUAGAUGAAAUUUUUCAAAUAAUAUUUUUUGGCUAAAGGACGAACCCUAUUGAAAUUGGUGAGAAUCGGUUCAAAUUUAGAUAUAGCUCCCAUAUAUGUCUUCAACCGAUUUCGAGUUAACUGUUCACCAAAUGGCCAAUAUCAAUCCAAAAGACCUGAAUUUUGGCACUUCCGACGGAAUUCAACCUAAAACCAAGUUUUGGAGAAAAUCUGUUCAGGUAUGGCUAUUGCUCCCAUUCACUUCAUAUACAACUUGAUACUUUUCAUAUAGGAAACCUCUUGUGAACGGGGGACCGAAUUUUCAUGUUGUUGCUGAAUGCAAUAGAUGGCAGACUAAGACUUAAAACAAAUUUCUGACUUCAUAAAAUAAUCGCGACUAAUAUAGCCCUAGGCUCUCAGUACCCUUAAGUAAGGGCCAGCUUUUUGUAUUUUUUAUGAAAAUUGUUUAAAAUGUUGAUUAAAGUUAAAGUGGUCCAUCAUUGUCACACCAUCCCCCAAUUUAAAUUAGAAACAUUAAAAUUCCCACACCAAAUACAUGCAAAUUAAAAAGUUAAAUCAAUUGACACAAUAAACAUAAAUAUUUAUAUAACCUCAAAAACCUAUCCCUCUCCAUAAGCACUGUUAUUGCUGAAUAUUUUAUUAAAUUUUAUUUAAAAAUAACAUCAUCAGGGCAAUUGCCCCAAAAAAUAGCACAAAAUAGUUUCAUUUUAUUUCCAUUAUCAGAACCAUGUGUGGGCAGAACGUAGCAAUGACCAAAAAUUAAAAUCCAUUUAACACCAAAAACUGCAAUUCAAUUUUAUGGAAAAUUGUUAAAUUGUACCGGUAGCUAUAAUUUGCAAUUGCAAUCAGCCAGCCACAUAAAUUCAAGGAUAACUGCAUAUGCAAAACUAAUUAUAUAUUUAUUCAGCACCAUCAUCUCAUCGUCGUCAUAUUGUUAUUACAACUACAAAAUAUUGCACAAAUUUAAUUUUAAUUUCAUUUCA